AGAAAGUCAAUGGCAUGCCUAGUCGUGAAUUGGGAGCUGUCGGGCGCGGCGGGGUGUGAUUGGCGGUCAGACUAGGGGUCUUGCUGGUGUUUGGUGGGGCUGCAAGUGGGAUGGCGGCGGGACUGGUGACAUCGCGUUUUCGUGUUGCCCGUACUGACGACAUCGAGCUGGAAUUUAGCUCUCAGCUCCAAACACUGCGCAUGUUACGAUAGUCGCGCCCAAAAACAGGUCGGCGGAGCUGCAGAUAAUCCACUAUGUCGAAACAAUACCUCACCCUCCACACGGUCGACUCGGCGCAUCCCAAAGCAAGCGAUAUCUUCGCCGUAGCACCGACCAGCACCCAACUCCUCUCCGCCUCCGGCUCAAGCAGCAUCAACGUCUACGACACCACACAAGCCGAAUUCCCCGUAAUACAAACACUCGACAAGGCGCAUCCACUCGGCAUACACCACCUUGUCACCGCAAGAGAAGAGAAAGCUCGACGGGCUGCGAGUGCAGGCUUCGAGGGCAAGGUCAAGAUAUGGAGUCAGGGCGAAGAGGGUGUGUGGAGUGAGGAUGGGGAGAUUGUUGACCAGAAUAAACCCGGUGAGAUUUGGGCUAUUGCGCUGAGUGCAGAUGGCCAAUAUCUCGCGAGCACCAGUAUCAACGGCAAAAUCAACGUCUGGAGCCUCAACAAAGAAGAGGGUAUGCCCCGGAUACGCGAGUACGAAACAAAAGGCAGCUUCGGUCUAUCUGUGGAUUUGAGUCGCAACGGCACGUACACCGCUUCCGGCCACGAAAAUGGCUCUAUCUAUGUCUUCAACAACGAAACCGGACGCCUCGCGCACUCCCUCUCCGGCCUCGUCCACCCCGUCCGCGCCGUAUCCUUCUCCCCCGCCUCAAAACUACUAGCCGCAGGCGGUGACGCACGCAUCAUCGCCCUCUACGACGUCACAUCCGGCGAGCAGGUCGCAAACUUCACGGGUCACGGUGGGUGGGUGUUGAGUUUGGAUUGGAGUGACACGGGGGAGUAUUUGUUGAGUGGAUCCCACGACUCAAAAGCAAAAGUCUGGCGCAUAGAAACGCGGUCAUGUGUAGCCACGCAUUCCCACGGCGACAAACCGCUCUGGAGCGCAAAGUGGUUGCCUAAAGCGCCGGGCAAGAGUGAGAUGUUUGCGUUGGCGGGUGGGAAUAACUCGAUUAGCUUUUACCGUGAGGCUGCUGGUUGAAGGAAAGGGGUGCAGAAGGUGACCGUGUAUGUGCUGAAGCAGAUGCAAGGAGCUGAGAGAGGAAAGAAAAAUCUUGGAGAUGGCGGCGUGAUGUUAAGAUUCUGGAGAGUUUCGUGGGAGCAGCAUGAGAGAGCUGGCAAGG